UUGAAUUCGACCGGACCACCCCUGCGCUCUUACAUCUCCUUGUCCAAUCUUCCCCUACGCGACCUUCCCCUCCCUCCUUCGCUCUCGACUUCGAUCACGAACCCUAAUAAGCCUCGAUUCCAAGAACCCUAACUGUUGUCCCCGUCCUGACAAUAUCGUCGGAUUCUUCCUUUGGUCGAGCGAAAUCUUAGCAUUCAUCUCGACCUCUUUUGGUGCUUCCUUCCGUUCAUCGCCGCGUCGAGCCCUAACCCUAGCCUAGCUUACGACCCGCCUCCUUGAUCCUCAGGCGAGCUCAUUCUUCGCCAAUUACCUCUUUCUGAUGCUUUUAGAUUUUACUAUUUUAGUUUCGGGCUCUGACCAACGCCAGAGAACGUUGUUUUCUUCCCCCCUCACCAUAGGGGGACGACCUUCGCCUGCUACGCUUGUUCGGGACCUCCCCUUUAAUUGAAUUGUUGUAAUCCUUGUGCGAAAGUGACUUCGAGCUCUUGAAUUUGCCUGCAAAGAAGUAGACCAGCAAAUGAAAUAUUGGUUUAAUGAUGUAUUAGCAUCAAAUGCAAGUAUGGGCAUAGCCCAGGAUAUUCUCUUCCAGUAGAUUAAAGCACAAGCCCAUGGGAGGUGUUGUAGAGUGUGGAUUUGGUGUAGACACCAAACUCUCACCAGGUCAUGCAGAAAUUGAGAGGGCUCAGGCUGAGCUACAGCACGAAUCUGAGAUUAGGGAAGAGCGAAGAAGGGAGCUUGAAUUUCUUGAGAAAGGUGGAAAUCCCUUGGAUUUUAAAUUUGGUCAUGGAGCUUCUGCCAGUGUACAAUCUACUUCAUGUACAGACCAACGUGCUGAGCCAUAUGUUACCAGUGAAGCUAAAGGUAGUUUCACAUUGGCUGCUUCGCCGCAUGGAGAUUCAGUUGAAAGCAGUGAGAAACCUGGUGGUUCCAUGAGUCGCGAAACUAAUAUUGGAGACAAUUUGUUGCUUUUUAAACGGGAAAACAGCAAAGUACAUGGAGAGAGAUAUGCCAAACAUAGAGGUAAAAGAGGUAGUGUUGGUCUAUUGGAACAAUCAUCUCAAGUUGGUGUAAAUCAUAAUAUGAAAGAAGUAGAUGACUCUAUUAUCUUCCGGCCUGGGGCUAAUGGCCAAGCAUAUGCGCGGCGUAAUAGAUCGAAAACAACUCGUGAUUCUGCCAAUUUAAGUUUGACUGAUGCUGCUUCUCGACAUGGCAACAAAGCUUCUGUUGCAUCGUCAAAUGCACCUGCAUCAAAGGAUAUAAAAGCUCAGGAUAGUUCUUUCUCAUCCAUUUCAAAUGCAAAAGAUGAUAACCAAAAUUGUAUUCUAAAGGUUUCGAUGGCAGAUGAUCGAGCAGAUAUCCCUUUAGAUGUGGAGCAGAAUAAUAACACGACCAAUAACAUAAUUGUAGAUGAAAUGCCUGAGGAAGUGAAAGAAGUCAAGAUAACUGAAAAUAUGCAGUUAGAUGAUUCCUAUAUUCAACAUUCAUCUAUUCCUGAGAAUAAAGAUACCUCCUCUCAGUCUGGUGCUUUUAUUGUAGAGGAUGGUCUUAGACCAGUUGGUUUACUUGCUACCCCAUUGGAGUCUAGUGUAAGUAAGAACACAUGUGAUGUUGGAAAAAUCAAUGGAUUUGGUGCUCAUGAUGAAACUAAGAUCAUUUUUGACGAGGAUGAUACAAGAAAUAAGAAUUUUGUUGAAGGUCCAACUAGCAAAAACUUACAUUCAGAUUCUAUGGAUGAAAAUACUAUUGCAAAUGGUGCUGUUAACAAUGAAAGUCCUGAUGAUGAGCAACCCUUGCUGCUAAGGUCAGCAAAUGGUAGAUCAGGUGGAGAUGUUAGAGACCAGACAAUCUCUGAACAGUCUCUGCUAGAUGCCAGAUCUUUAAAAGAAGAUAACGAGGCAUUCAAUUCUGAUACCCACAUUAAUGCUAAUAAUGCAUCUUGCUCAGUUCAACUAAACCUCAGUGACUUGGUUGUUCGGGAGAAAGAUAAUGAUUCUGAUAGUAAAACUGAGAUUGUAAGUGAAGUCACACCUGUUGCCAACUCAGAACCUGAGAAACUGAAUGAUGAAAUCAUAUGCGAAUCAGCAACGAAAAUGGAUAUUUCUUCAAGUCAACCAAGUUUCACAAAAAGGAAAGAUACAGGGUUACUACUUUCCUCAGCGGCUGAGUUUCCAAAGGUCAUCCUUGAUAACAAAAGUUCCUUGUCUACCACUUGCCUUCAAACUUCCACUUCAGAUCAAAAAAAGGCACAUGAAGAUGCUAUAUUAAAAGAAGCUCAAUUAAUAGAGGCAAGGCUUAAAAGGGCUGGAGAACUGCCUACUAGUAGUGUGCAUCUUGAGAAGCAUCAAAAAUGUCAUUGGGAUUUUGUGCUUCAAGAAAUGGCAUGGAUGGCAAAUGAUUUCAUGCAGGAACGAUUAUGGAAAACUACAGCUGCUUCUCAAGUGUCUAGGUUGAUUGCUUCUUGUGGUCGAACUAUGUUCAAACAGGAAAAUUUACUGUGCAAGCAAAGAAGUUCAGCUAGAAGUUUGGCUAGGGCUGUUAUGGAUUUCUGGCGUACAGCUGAGCUUAUUUGUAGUGACAAGACACCUAAUGUAAGAGAGUUCAAAUCAGAUAGUAUUAGGCCAUCAAAUGUCAACGAGUCUGAUGUGGAGAAAGGGAAGAUUCCACAUUCUGUCAUGCAGUAUGCAGCUAGGUUCCUGAAACAUAAUGGUGAGACAUCAUGUUGCUCUACCUUGGUCGAAGCACCUACAACACCUGACUGCCCAAAUGGUCCAGGCAUUUUGAUAAUACCUCGGGAAGACAAACUUAUAGAAGAAAAUAUUUUCUAUAAAGUUCCUCAUGGUGCGAUGCAGGCAUACAGAGAAUCUGUGGAAGUUCAAUUGAUGCAUCACAGAAAACUUGCUAAUUCUGUGCAUCAAGAAGAGUGUGAGGCCUCUCUUUGUAAUUCAAUUGCAGGUGGACACGGAGAGGAUGUAUAUGAAGAAGAGGAAGGUGAAACUGGUACUUAUCAUCUGCCUGGAAACUUUGAAGGUGGCCUAUUAUCAAAACUUGCUCACAAGAAAAGAAAGCAUAUGCAGCAAAAAUCCAGUGCCACAAGACAUAAUGAAGAUGGUACAUAUUUUUCUUAUGAACCUUGCUCAGAAUACAAAUCAGGAAAUCAACCUUUUAUAUUGAAUGGAAAAAGAAAUUCAAGUACCUUUAAUGUGGGUUCAUUUCCGACGAAACGUGUGAGGACCGCUAGUAGACAACGAUUUGUUAGUCCUUAUUCUUCUGGAGCUCUUGGACCAUUCCAAAUGACUAGUAAAACUGAUGCAUCUAGUGAAGACACAAGUUCUUUCCUAGAUGACCAGAGUUCAUUACAUGGUGGAUCCAUGGCCAGGAAAAAUUCUGGAGUUGAUAAUACUGUAGACUUUGAUAGGCAGUUGUCAUUUGAUGGUGAAAUUUCAUCCAAAUCGAAGAAAAAGAAGAAGAAACCAAAGCAUUUAGGGUAUAAGAAUUCACUAAAUAUCGGUGAGCCUGGUCUUUUGGUUCUUCCUGGAAAGCAGGGUCCAAUUCGAUCAUCAUAUGAACAAAGGUUGCAAACUGAUCCUUCAAUUCAGCAUGAACAGAAUUCUAAAAGGAGAAUGGAAUCUCAAAAUUUUGAUUCAAAUGGAAACACAGGUUUUGGGCAACAUGUUGCUAAGAAGCCUAAAUUAUUGAGGCAAAUGAUUGAGGCAUCUCCCGAUGGACUUGUGCCUUUUGCUGGGUCAUUGCCUUCACCAGUUGCUUCCCAGAUGAGUAAUAUGUCCAACUCAAAUAAGCUUAUCAAAGUUAUUGCUAGCCGAGAUCGUGCAAGAAAAAGUAAAGCACUAAAGAUGGCUGCUGGACAAUCUGGACCUGGAAGUCCAUGGUCAAAUUUUGAGGAUCAGGCACUUGUUGUCCUUGUCCAUGAUAUGGGUCCAAAUUGGGAGCUAAUCAGUGAUGCAAUGAACAGUACCCUCCAGUUCAAGUGUAUAUUCCGUAAACCCAAAGAAUGCAAAGAACGGCACAAAUUUUUGAUGGACAAAAGUGCAGGUGAUGGAGCUGAUUCUGCAGAAGAUUCUGGCUCAUCACAACCUUAUCCAUCCACACUGCCUGGCAUUCCAAAGGGAAGUGCACGACAAUUGUUUCAGCGUCUUCAGGGACCAAUCGAAGAGGAUAUAUUGAAGACACAUUUUGAAAAGAUUAUUUUGCAUCGACAGAAGCUUUCUCCAUGUAGUUGCCAGAUUGGUAAUCAGGAACCAAGACAAAUUACUCAAGCUCAUAGUUCUCACGUUGUUGCUCUUUCCCAAGUAUGCCCAAACAACUUGAAUGGAGGGAUCUUAACGCCAUUUGAUUUUUGUGAAUCAAUCUCUUCAAGUCCCGAUGUCUUUCCACUUGCAUAUCAGGGGCCUCACACUGGUAGCUUAACGGUCCCAAGCCAUCAAGGUCCUGUUUCUCCUGUCCUCCCUACAUCAAAUGCUAACACAAUUUUACAAGGAUCUACUGGCCUAGUGCUAAGUAGCAGCUUACCCUUGGCAUCUGGGCCGUCUAAUCCUUCUUCUAGGGAACCCCAGAGGUUUGGUGUGCCAAGACCAUCCACAGUUUCUGUUGAUGAUCCACAAAGAAUGCAGCAGUAUAGCCAAAUGCUUCCAGGAAGGAAUCAUCAGCAGCCUAAUGUGUUACCUGGGACUUUACCAAUGGGAGUUGACCGUGGUGUUCGAAUGUUACCUGUUCCUGGUGGUAUGGGGCUGAUGUCUGGGAGAGGAAUUCCGAUGUCAAGGCCAACAUUUCAAGGAAUAAAUUCCCCUGGCAUGCUGAACAUGGUUACAAGUGGAAACAUGGUUGCAAGUGGUUCACAUGGGGUUCAAAACUCAGUCAAUGUUCAUCCAAGUGUUGUUUCUAGCCAAGGAAACUCAACGAUGCGACCACGGGAUCCUUUGCAAAUGCUACGGCCUGGUCAAAAUCCAGAUGAACACAGACAGAUUAUGAUGCAAGAAAUGCAGAUGCAAACCUCGCCGACAAAUGGGCAGUCUGUAUCUCCUUUCAAUGGUAUUAGUACUUCCUUUCCUAAUGCAACAACAGUUCCUGCAUCAGCUCAAACAUUUCCAGUUCAACAACACCAACAGUCUCAUCAAAUGUUGCAACAAGGUCACAUGCUUGGUAACCCUCACCCUCACAUCCAAGGUACCAGUCAUUCGAGCCCUCAACAACAGGCAUAUGCCAUGCGAGCUGCGAAAGAAAGGCAACUACAUCAACGGAUGAUGCCUCAACUGCAACGCCAUAUCUCUGUACCAAAUGCAGUACCACCUGCUCAAACUAAUGCACAAGUCCAAUCUCAAUCACAGUCAUCUUCUACUGUGAUUCCGGUAUCUUCUUCCCAAGGUCAACAUAAACAGCAAAACAUAUCAAGGAACCCACCAUCUGGAAUAUCAAAUCAGAUAAACCAAAGACAAAGGCAACAGGUUCAACAAAAUCAGUCAAGGCAACCACAGCAACAAAGGCAAUCCUCACAACAGCAGGCCAAACUUAUGAAAGGACUAGGCAGAGGAGGCAUGUUAAUUAAUCAUAACUUAUCAACAGAUUCCUCUCAAGUUAGUGGUUUUUCAGCAGCCUCUAAGAACCAACUUUCUGAUAAAAACAUUUUGCAACAAAGCCAAGGCUUUUUUCCUGCUAGCUCAGCUCUGAACUCAACUUCGAACCAAAUUGGAAAUCAAACAAAUAUCUACCCUCAUUCACUUUCACAAUCUACAAAGCAACUAUCACCAAUUUCUGAUACAAGCAAUCAAGGUUCAACUCAAAAUUCACCCAGCAAUAGCAUGUUAACGCCUCAGCAAGCUGCUAUUCCAUCUGUUUCUCUAGUUAAACAUAAUCAACAACCUCAGCAUCGUUAUUUGAAUCAAUCUCAACCUGGCAUUCAGAGAACAGCAAUUCAGCAAAAUCGUCACAUCAACUCUGAUGAUAGGAUACAAUCAUCAACUGAUCAGUGUCCAAUCGUUCAGGUGGUUACAAGUGCAUCAAGUGUUCAGUGUACUGAUUCAGCGUCUUCUGUGGUUUCAUCUUCAACUCGGUGGAAUCCAGAGCCAUUAUAUGAUAAGGAUGCACCUAAUCCAACAGGAUAUGUGAGCUCCAAACAGGAAACUGUUAUGGUCAGUGACACUUUAGUGCCUUCUUCAAGCCAGGGUCUACCACACCAAUUAUCAGGAGGUAUGUCAGUGCAUGGUAAUACCAAUGGGGGACAGCGGCAGCAGCAACAGCAGCUACAGCAGCUACAGCAGCAACAGUUAAAACAUCAACCUCAGCAGCAGCAUGAGCAACUGGUUUCUCGUCAUUCAGACUUGGGAGCUGGGUGAUUGAGUAUUGUACUUGGAUCAUCCAUUCCAAGACAGUCCCCAACUCUUGUGUAGCUCUAGUGUACAGAUUUGCAGGUAGUGAAAGAUGAGGAACGCUGCCUAUGCUCUUUUAUUCUUAUUCAGUGUUCAGUUAAUCAAGGGACAGGUACAAUUUGCUUUCUUUGCCUAGGCUUCAGGCACCAACCUGAUGAAAAUCCUCUAGCAUGCAGGACAGAAAUGGCUGUCAUUGUAAGCCAAAUUUCUUUUGUAGUUACGAGUUGUAAUUGGGCAUUUAAAUUAAUUUUGUGCCCGUCACAUUCUUGUUCAUGUAGCUCAGUUGGUGGACUUGCUUCCUGAAUGCAAAUGAAAAUUUGUAUAGAA